AUGACUUGUGUGCUUUCUGCUAUGACUGUACGUCACCAUGAUACGCAUCUUGUGACACAACGUCCUACCGCUACAUUAAAAGAAAUUCUUGAAAAAAUUCGAGCGAAUAAAGAUCAAAUUCGUGAACUUGAUCUCAAAGAUAUGGCAGCGAAGAAACGUAAACUUUGCGCUUCAGGUGGCGAUCUCGUUGGUCGUGUCUUUGCAUUGAAUCGUACAGUUUUACGUCUGUUACUACCUGGACAUGAUAUUGGUGAUAUUGGUGCUAAGAGUAUGGGGAAUAUGCUUAGAGCAAACAAUACAUUGCAGCAUUUAGAUCUUCGAGGCAAUGUGAUUACAGCCAAUGGAGCUAGUGCACUAAGUGAGGCUUUGUAUGGUCACGAAUCACUGGAACAUUUAGGAUUGUCGAGCAAUAAAUUGGGGAAUGAUGGAGCAAUUGCAAUUGCUCAAAUGCUGCCAUACAAUAUUUCGCUCAAAUAUCUUGGAUUGGCUAACAAUAAUAUUGGUGAAAAGGGGGGACAAGCUAUACUGCAAGCAGUAUUACAAAAUCGAUCAUUGGUGAUGGUUCAGUUGAUUAAGAAUGAUAUUCCAAAAGAAAUUUUGGAUCAAAUUCGAGCUACUUUAGUUGUGAAUAAACUCAUGCAGAUGAAAGCUCAGCGAGAUGACGAGAGAGAGCAAGCGAAGAAAGAAGAUGAUGAGGAAAGUAUGAAUCCAAAUGAUGAAGAGAGUUCAAGUGAAGAUGAAGAUGAUGAGUCGCUAUGGAUUUAG